GUUAUUGUUGACUGACUCUAACUGGCGGUGGUAGCAGCGCCCAAAGAGGUAGCGCCCAGGGCUGCGAAGAGUGGGAGCUGUAGACAGCGGAGCCUGGAGCUCGCGCUCCGGGACCCGCGCCCGGGAGGGAGGACAAGACUCCGCACCGCGAGCCACGUUAAUCUGCAGACAGCGGUAGCAGCAGCAGCUACUGCAAGCUCACUGGGCGCUUUGUCUGCAGCACAGCGGCUGGUUGACGGCCAUGGCUCCGAUGGGCAUACGGCUGUCUCCGCUUGGCGUGGCCGUGUUCGCCUUGCUCACCGUUGGGGUGCUCUAUCACUUCUACUCGGGCUUUCUGGCUGGCAAGAUCGCCAUCUUCAGAAAGAUGCCCGGCUCGGACAGGAUCGACCUGAGAGAGAUGCUGGCAUUGUCGGUGGAAGCCGCCGUCCGAGGAGGGGAAGAAGUGAAGCGGGUGAUGGAAGAGGGCGAGCUCCACGGCAAAAUCAAAGGGAAGACUAAGGAAGGGGCCGAUGAGAUCCUCACCAACGGAGACCUGCAGUCACAUCAAAAGAUGUAUCAUUUAAUUAAAAACACAUUUCCAUCCAUACAGGUGUACUCUGAAGAACAUGAUACUGGUAACGUACCAGAAAUUGUUCCAUGGGAUCAUGUCAUUCCAAAGGAAAUCCUGGACAAAAUAACCACAACUGAAGAAGCCUUUUCUGACAGCAUUACAGUAUGGAUUGAUCCUCUAGAUGCCACCCAGGAAUAUUCAGAAAAACUUUUGCAAUAUGUCACCACAAUGGUGUGUGUAGCCGUGAAUGGGAAACCAAUUAUUGGAGUAAUACAUAAGCCAUUUGCUGAUUUUACAGCAUGGGCAAUGGUACAUGGAGGAUCAAACGUGAGCCUGCGCAAAUCGUACAAUGAGAAUAAUCCCAAAGUUAUAAUUUCCCGAUCACAUACAGGCACUGGUAAAGCAUUUGCUCAGAAAGCAUUUGGCAAUGACACUGACAUUAGAGAAGCUGGAGGGGCAGGUUAUAAAGUCCUGUCCCUGCUGAAUAUUGCUGAUGAAAAACAACCAGACCAUGCUGACGUGUAUCUGCAUGUAACCAAUAUCAAGAAGUGGGACAUCUGUGCUGGCAAUGCUGUUUUGGAAGCACUUGGUGGUCAAAUGACCACUCUCCAAGGAAACACGAUUGACUAUACCAAUAGUGAAUUGAAUGAAGGUGGAAUUUUGGCCAGCAUUGGUGUCUCUCACAAAAUAUUGCUUGACAAAAUGCCAGAUUUGAAAUCUGUUAAAACACAGUAGAACUUUCCAACCAGUUAUUGGAGAGUAAAAGCAAAAAAAAAAUUGCUCAUAAUUGGUCCGAUUUAAUCUUUAUCAUCACGCGCUUGGAAUCAUUGAGCAGAUUUAUAUGUGUGAAGAUGACAAUAUAGAUGUGGGUGGCAUUGCAGAGCAAGAAAUGGGUUACAGUAGGACCAAUCCUGAUUUUAAAAUUGCAAAUUUGGGCAGGUGAGCAGUUUUGCUGGAUUUGUAUAAACAGUAGCAAAAUUUAAUGUAUUCAUGUGAAUGUUUAUAUGUUUAAGUUAAUAAGUUAUGGGUGUAGAAUUAUGAAACUUGUAAUUCUAGUUCUAUUAUAUUCAAUCUAUAGUUCAAUCUACUAUUAAAGAGCUAGAUUUUUAUUUUUCCUAACUCGGUUUGAAUGAAGUGUACUGUUAAAGAAAACUGGAUUUUUUAAAUACUCUUCCCAAAACCAGGAUUUGAAAAUAUCAAAAACAUUUUCUUUUGUGGCAUUCCAAGAUCCUGAACCUACAGUAAAUGAUUUAAAACUAGUGUAAUCAUUCUAUUGUAUUCCAUGGUCAUAUUUGAAUUGAACCUGGUUUAUUUAUUUUGGCACAACAGCUUUAUUUAAAUGAUUGCUGCGAAAUAGCUCGGCAAUAAUGAAUGAUUCAACAUGCAAGACUACAUUAAGUAGGAAGAUCUUAGUGCACUGGAAUUUUUAUGUUUUUUGCAUCCUUAUCUCUUCAUAUUUCUCUCAAAGUCACAGCCUUAUGUGUUUAGAAUCGAUCCUGGGUACCAUGAAUACCAUACGGUAGAGUUGCUGCCUUACAGUGAAUGCAGCGCUGGAGACCUGGGUUUGAUCCCGACUACGGGUACUGUCUGUGCAGAGUUUGUAUGUUCUCCCUGUGACCUGCGUGGGUUUUCUCCAAGAUCUUCAAUUUCCUCCCACAUUCCAAAGACGUAUAGGUUUGUAGGUUAAUUGGCUUGGUAAAUGUAAAUAUUGUCCCUAGUGGGUGAAGGAUAGUGUUAAUGUGCAGGGAUCGCUGGUUGGUGUGGACCCGGUGGGCCAAAGGACCUGUUUCUGCGCUGCAUCUCUAAACUAAAGAACCAAUCAUUGAUAGUGAGUGAUGGUAAUUUGGCCUUUCCAGCAGCCUCCACUGCUUUGUGAUAAGGAACUGGAAUACUGCUAGAAACAAGUCAGAGAAUCGCCCUUUGCUGUUCCACUGAAAUUGGCCAGCCCAGCACAGACUUGUGCACUCAUGUAACAUUCAUAUAGCUGGUUACUGUUGUGGGUGGCAUAUUACCAAUUAAUCAAUCAAUGGCAGCUUACAGAGUUCUGCUAUAUCAAAAUUCAGAUUUUUAAAAAAUAUAUUAAAACAAUCCAAUAUACAUAUACCUUGCAGUUCAAGCACAGUCUGAUUUUACAUUUUGAAGGUGAACUUUAAGGAACCAAUUGCAAAAACGUGUAGGGCGAAUCAAAUUUGAGUCUAAAAUGUCUUGGCCUUAGUUUCAGGAAUGAAGAUUGUUGUUAUUCAGUCCACAAUUGAAUAGCCCCAAUAAAAUGGCGUAAAUGUUGUGUUUUAGAUUUGCUGUGAUUCCUUCUUAUCCGUACUUGCUCUGAACAUCUAUCUGUCCAAAUGCCAUUUGUAUUUUCAGACAAAGCUUCAUAGGUACUUAGUGAUUUAACCUUUCUAUGUAAAUAGAAGUAUUUGUGGAACUAAAGUAGUUUUUUGUGUGCUCUUAUUGUAAAGUAUAAUCCAAAGGUGAUCGUUAUUUUUAAGAUCUUGUAACUUAUUGAUUUUAGACAGCUCUGGAUUUGCAUUCUUACUCAGCUUGAUCUUGAUUAGAAAGUAUUUUAAUUUGCCGCUUUUCUAUUGCAGUGGUUACAUUAUCUUAUUUUUAUUAAUGACUAGGUUGCCUACACUUUGGAAAAUAAUGCUUCUGCUUUAGAUUACAUUUAAUAUCAUGGCUUAAGUGUGUCUAAAAGCUGUCCGUAUACAAAUCUCGUGGAGGACAACAUUUAUUCAAUGUGAUACUUCAGAAAUCCCAGGUUUGUUCCCUCGGGUUUUCUGAAAUAAGGGGAUGGAUUUUGUCGAGGCAGUAGCAUUAGUAGCUCUACUUGGGAAAAGAUGUUGUUUGGUUUCCUGCUUCCCCACCAUCUUUUGUCCUCUUCUGGAAAUGUGCAUUUUUGAUACUGUCAAGCACCAUUUCUGCCUUUGGACACUAUAGUGUCCAAAGGCAACUGUGACUAAGAAGCCAUUCGAGGAAGAAACUGUGGAAUUAAAUAUGACGGAGUGAUGUGUGAAAGAAAUAAAAGUGUAAUGAAGUUGGAGCAGAGGUGGUUAUCCCCUCUGCCAAUCUAGCAACUUUGUAAGCGUAAAACCUAAAACAUUAACAACUGUGUAAUAUAGACUAUCUCCAUUCUGAGUGCAAGUACACUGGUUCUGCUUGUCUCUGUCUUGCAGAGCACUGAUCUGUUACAAUGUUCUUGGUCCUGGGAAAAAUAUUUUUACAAAAAAAAUACUAUAAAACAAAAUAAAAUUAUAAAAUGAUCAAA